AUGUUCCUCUACCAACUGUUGCCCUUCCUUUGGGCUGUUUCUGCAAAUGCAGAUUUCUUUCAAUUUGACAGUAUUUCAAAUGCAUCUACGUAUUAUUUCAAUUAUAUUUAUUGUAAUCUAUGGGAAGGGGAGUGUCAACCGAAUCAAGAUGAUACGACUCAGCAAGGUGAGGAAUUAUUUUCUUUCCUGAAAGGUUUUUCUUCAGCAAAAAUGAAAUAUUCAAAUUGACACACUUCUCCCGACUGUCUCGGGUGUAGUUAGGAUCAGAAACAGCCCCACUGGAGCUUGUAGUUAUUACUGUCCAUAGGAUUUUUUUGUUGUAUAAAUUCGUUUUUACACAGGUCUAUUUCUAUUACAAUGCAGAGACAGUGAGCAACAAUGAUUAGCGUAUUUAUUCGAAAAUAUUGAGGAAAAAUCUUAUUUAUGAAUCAGUGAUUACAAUCCUAGGUAUGAUAUGAAAAAGUCGCAGGCUUUUCCUUGCACAACUUGCCUUGAGCAGAAAUGAUAGUGUUCAAUUUGUUGCAACAGCUAUGUCUAUAAGACUAUUAGAUAUGUACACUAUUACAUUUGUGUGCUCUUCUCAGUACCUACUAGGGACCUGUGGGCAGGAUUUCCUCAGGACUACAUCCGUUUGCUGUCACAGUGGUAUUGCAGCCUGGGACAGUGCUGUGAAUCAGGGGAUUGUCGGAUAACAAAUAAUAUUACAGGUAUGAUAACGUCAUAUUGAGCAGACAUUAUCAUUCAUGUAUGUUCCACCAGCUAUGUCGUUUUUGUGUAGUCCUCAUUUUGUCUGGAUUUGACAUUCCCCCCCCCCCCCCCCCCCCCAGGUCUGGCUAGUGAUCUACAGCUAAAGCUUCACGGGCAGCACCUUGCCCAAUCAGUGGUUCUGAAGGCUGUGCAAGGCUUCAUCAGUAACCCUGAAUCCAAUAAGCCAUUGACCCUCUCCUUCCAUGGCUGGUCUGGCACAGGCAAGAAUUUUGUGGCACGGAUUAUAGCUGACAACUUGUACCGGGACGGAGUGAAGAGCGAGUGUGUGCGUCUGUUCAUUGCCCCAUUCCACUUCCCCCAUGCCAGACUGGUGGACACAUACAAGGUGAGCUUAGCUGGCACAGACAUGACUCCUCUCUGCCAGGAACAUGUGCAGAACAUAACUCAUUUAUGUUCGAUUACACAACUUGAUCUAGACCAUAGCAGGAGUUAAACAAUAUAGCUAGUCAAAACUCAGCAAAUUGUAACAAAUAAAUAUGUUUUUAGUUGAUAAAAACAUGUAGCAUGAAUACAGGUGCAUUUUAAUCUCUUGAAUAUAUUGCACACCAAAUAUGAGAGAGAGAGAGGUGAUAUUUUUGUGCUCACCAUAGCGCUCUAUUCCAGGGCCAGCUUAGAGAAGCUAUCCGGGACAUGGUGCUGCGUUGCCCACAGACACUUUUCAUCUUUGAUGAGGCUGAGAAACUGCACCCGGGCCUUAUAGAUGCCAUCAAGCCCUAUAUGGACCAUUAUGACAAUGUGGAUGGGGUCAGCUACAGGAGGGCUGUCUUCUUAUUCCUCAGGUUAGCCAUACAUACCCUUUCAAUUCAUGCAAGGUCUGUUCCACUAACUCAUGUAGGGAAACUUUACUGUCCAAGUCAUGAGUAAAUGUCUCAGAUAUUUUCCUCUAACCAAGAUGUUUUGUAAUAUUUCCUUGUAGUAAUAUUGGUGGCACAACCAUCAAUGAUGUGUCCUUGGACUUCUGGCACUCAGGGCAGAACAGAGAGGACAUUGGGAUGGAGGACUUGGAACACCGGCUACGAGCUGAAGCUAUGGAAUCUCAAGGUACCAGCAGUGGCUUUACAAUCACUCACACUAAUUUGAAGCAUAUAUGUUUUCACAGGCAAGAUUGAAGAUGUCUUUCUCGUGAACACUACACUGUGAACGAAGAAACUCAUAGUUAGAAACCACUUAAAACAUUUUGAAUUACAUAACAUUUAAGUGCAACUGCAACAUGUUCAGUUGUGGAUUUACCAGUUUGUCUGUUUUCCAGGAGGCUUUGCACAGAGUGAGCUGAUGUCAGGUCACCUUAUUGACUUCUUUGUGCCCUUCCUACCUCUGGAGUACCGUCAUGUCAAGCUCUGUGCCCGUGAUGCCUAUGCAGCGCGGGGUCUGGAGCCAGACGAAGGAACCCUGGACGAAGUGGCAAAGGCCAUGCUAUAUGUACCCAAGGAGGAGAGGCUAUUCUCUGCCCAAGGCUGCAAAUCCAUACCACAGAGAAUCAAUUUCUUCCUCCCCUAA